CCUUCACGAUGUACGCAUGCGCAGUUGGCAAUAGCGGUCAUUGAUUAUAAAGCUCCAAGUUGCUCCGUCUCUUUCCACCUUCAGCCAUUUUAACCAUGUUAGGAGCUGUGGGACGCUGCUGCACCGGGGCUCUGCAGGCUCUCAAGCCUGGGGUCCAGCCUCUGAAGGCCCUGGUCGGAUCUCCAGCCGUUCUUUCACGCAGGGACUAUGCCGCUCAAGCCGCCGCCACCGCUGCUGGCGUCGCCAACGGGCGCAUCGUGGCCGUCAUCGGCGCCGUCGUCGACGUCCAGUUCGACGAGGGUCUCCCUCCCAUCCUCAACGCCCUGGAAGUCACCGGCCGCGACAGCAGGCUAGUCCUGGAGGUGGCUCAGCACCUGGGGGAGAACACAGUGAGGACCAUCGCUAUGGAUGGUACCGAGGGGCUGGUGCGUGGACAGAAGGUUCUGGACACCGGGGCCCCCAUCAGAAUCCCAGUGGGUCCCGAGACCCUGGGCAGGAUUAUGAAUGUGAUCGGUGAGCCCAUCGACGAGAGGGGUCCCAUUACCACCAAACAGACUGCACCCAUCCAUGCUGAGGCUCCUGAAUUCACUGACAUGAGUGUGGAGCAGGAGAUCCUGGUGACCGGUAUUAAGGUGGUGGACCUGCUGGCCCCCUACGCCAAGGGAGGAAAGAUUGGGCUGUUUGGUGGUGCCGGUGUGGGAAAGACUGUACUGAUCAUGGAGCUGAUCAACAACGUGGCCAAGGCCCACGGUGGUUACUCCGUGUUCGCCGGUGUGGGAGAGCGAACCCGCGAAGGAAACGACUUGUACCAUGAAAUGAUCGAGUCAGGUGUCAUCAACUUGAAGGACACCACCUCCAAGGUGGCGCUGGUGUACGGGCAGAUGAACGAGCCCCCCGGUGCUCGUGCCAGAGUGGCUCUGACUGGACUGACUGUGGCCGAGUACUUCCGUGACCAGGAGGGUCAGGAUGUGCUGCUCUUCAUCGACAACAUCUUCCGCUUCACACAGGCUGGCUCUGAGGUGUCCGCCCUGCUGGGUCGAAUCCCCUCCGCCGUGGGGUACCAGCCCACUCUGGCCACUGACAUGGGUACCAUGCAGGAGAGAAUCACCACCACUAAGAAGGGCUCCAUCACAUCUGUGCAGGCCAUCUAUGUACCAGCUGAUGAUCUGACUGACCCCGCCCCCGCCACCACCUUCGCUCACUUGGAUGCCACCACUGUGUUGUCUCGUGCCAUCGCCGAGUUGGGCAUCUACCCCGCCGUCGACCCGCUGGACUCCACCUCCCGUAUCAUGGACCCCAACAUUGUUGGAGCUGAGCAUUACGACGUCGCCCGUGGCGUGCAGAAGAUCCUCCAGGACUACAAGUCUCUCCAGGACAUCAUCGCCAUCCUCGGUAUGGAUGAGUUGUCUGAGGAGGACAAGUUGACGGUGGCCCGUGCUCGUAAGAUCCAGCGUUUCCUGUCCCAGCCCUUCCAAGUGGCCGAGGUCUUCACCGGUCAUUUGGGCAAGCUGGUGCCCCUCAAAGAAACAAUCAAAGGCUUCAAGAGCAUCCUCGGUGGCGAGUACGACGCCCUGCCUGAGCAGGCCUUCUACAUGGUCGGGCCCAUUGAAGAGGUGGUCCAGAAAGCAGAUAAGCUGGCUGAGGAGCACUCAUAAACAUCUGAACAUUUUACCUCAGCGGAGAAGAGGAGGUCCUGUGGUUAGGAGCACUUGGUUUGUAAAACAUGUCCAAAUACAAAUGUACCCGUCUGUCAUCCUGAAGAGAAGUUCUAUUUAAUGUUUCCAGUCAAAGAUGGAAUAAAUUCCUGUCUUUACACAAACCAA